AUGUCCGACAGCAGGCAAAGCGCGCCAGUCCCACCGACAGAAGGGGAAGAUCGUGCUGUUCGUCCUGCUGCACAGGCAGGUGAGGGGGGCCAAGAGCAGGCCGGCAUUCCUGAGACGGCCAGCAGUCAGGGCAUCUUGGGCAUUGAUGGCACCUCGGACCAGCGGUCAGAAGCUCCUACGCAGGAGCAAGACGAGGAGGACGAUCCCACUGGAUGGGACGAUCUUGAGGAGCUGGGACGUCGAGCGGAUGCUGGGGAACCACCGUUCGGCUCCGGUAAUGCCACAGGCGGUCAGAAUCCGGCUCCUCCUGGUACCGGCUUCACCUUUCCGGCCCGCGGCCAGUUGACCUCAUUCCCUCCCCGUCCUCCACAUACCAUCCGAAGCCAUGGGCGUGGCCGUCACGCGCUCAGUUGGACACCACAGGAGGACGCGGAGGUUCUUCGAAUCGGCGCACUGCCGAAUCUGACGCGGCAACAACGUGCGAACAUGUUCAACGCGCUGUUUCCAGCCAAUCCACCGCGGUCACCGGAGGCUGUUCGUGCCAGGGAGGUGAUCCUGCGUACCGCGGCCGCCGGCUCAGGAACGGGUCCAGGUCCAGCACCUCCUGGCUCAGGAUCAUUCGGCCUCCACCUCCGCCACCACCUCCGCCUGCUCCGCAACCUAGUCGUGGUUGAGAUGAUGGUGAAGCAAACCCAGGGGUGCUAG